CCCUCCUGUUUUUAAGAAAAUGUUCCCCAUAUCUGACCCCAUGCGGGACUCGUGGCAGACGGUCCCUAAGGUGGAGGGGGCUAUUUCUUAACUUGCUAAACACACAACCAUACCAAUUGAAGACAGUUGUGCUUUCAAAGACCCUAUGGAUAAAAAAUUAGAGGGUUUACUUAAGAAAAUUUUUGUUCAACAAGGUUUUCUUCUCCAACCUAUUGCGUGCAUUUUUCCUGUAACUACUGCAGCUGCUUUCUGGUUCGAGGCGCUGGAAGAUGCGCUCCAGACGGAGACCUCAUAUGAGGACAUUAUGGACAGAAUUUAAGGCUCUUAAGCUGGCUAAUUCUUUUAUCACAGAUGCCGCUUUCCAACUAGGUAAGUUAGCGGCAAAAAAUUCAGGUUUUGCCAUUUUAGCGCGCAGGGCGCUAUGGCUAAAGUCCUGGUCGGCCGAUGUGUCGUCAAAAUCCAAACUCUUGGGCAGCGUGAUUCCCAGCCUGUGACCUGGAGCUAACUAUUUAAUAACGGAACUGUCAGCCCCGGCGGUAAUACGGAAGCAUUUUUUACAAGUCCACUGAAGAAUCUUACUUAACCUAGUCACUGCACAACAGAAAAUGUCUGCAUACAAGCCCGUCGCCAUCCCCUCCUUCCCUAAACUUGGUGAGAAGAUCACACAAGACACAUUGUACUGGAAACAUUACAAGACACCUGUUCAAAUUAAGGAAUUUGGGGCAGUAACAAAAAUAGACUUCUCACCUGUGCAGCCGUGUAAUUAUGCAGUCACGUCAUCUACACGCAUUCACAUCUAUGGACAGUACUCUCAGGAGCCUAUCAAAACAUUCUCACGCUUCAAGGACACUGCAUAUUGUGGAACCUAUAGAAACGAUGGAAAACUUGUGGUUGCUGGUUGUGAAGAUAGUGUUGUUCAGCUAUUUGACGUCGGUGGAAAAGCUUCACUGAGACAAUUUCAUGGGCAUAGCAAAGCAGUGCAUUUUGUGGACUUCACAGGUGAUAAGUACCGGAUUGUGUCUGGUGCUGAUGACUAUGCAUCUACAGUCUGGGACAUUCCAAACAGCACUGAAAUAGUUUCUUACAAGGAGCAUACAGACUAUGUGAGGUGUGGCUGUACCAGCAAACUCAAUGAUAACAUUUUUGUAACAGGCUCGUAUGAUCACACUAUCAAAGUAUUUGAUGCAAGAACAGAGCACAGUGUUAUGAACAUGGAGCAUGAGCAUCCGGUGGAGAGUGUACUUCUCUUUCCUUCUGAAGGGCUUCUGGCAUCUGCAGGUGGUCGUUUUGUUAAAAUCUGGGACAUGCUUAAGAGAGGGCAGUUGCUAGUUUCUCUAAAGAAUCACCACAAAACUGUUACCUGUCUGUGUCUAAGCAGCUCUGGCCAAAGGCUACUAUCAGGGUCACUAGACAGGCAUGUUAAAGUGCACAGCACAACCAACUAUAAAGUAGUUCACAGCUUUGAUUAUGCUGCCUCGAUUCUAAGCCUUGCAUUAGCUCCCGAUGAUGAUAUGAUUGUGGUUGGAAUGACCAAUGGUGUGUUGAAUAUCAAACAUCGGAAACGUGAAGAAAAGAAACUGUCUCAAUCAAGUGUAAAGAAGAGACAUCCAAGAUACAGAGUGUUUGUAAAAGGCAAAGACUAUAUGCCCAAGCAGGAUGACAUUUUCGUCAGUAAACCAGAACACUUGAGAAACUAUGACAGACUACUGAAAGGUUUUGAGAUGUCAAAAGCACUGGAUGCUGUCUUGGUGCCUGGCAUAAGGCUUUCAACACCUGAAGUUACAGUGGCUGUCAUGAAUGAGUUGAACCGCAGAGGAACGCUUAAAAAUGCCCUGGCAGGUCGAAAUGAGAAAGAACUAAGCACUCUUAUGCUCUUUCUUUUAAAAAAUCUUGCAGAUCCAAGGUUUUCUCAUAUUCUGGUGAAUGUGGCAGAACAAAUUAUUGAUAUCUAUGCUCCUAUUAUUGGACAAUCUUCUGUAGUUGAUCAACAAUUUUUAAAGCUUCAAGAUCUCAUACAAAAAGAAAUUUCUUACCAAGAAGAACUUUUAGAAGUAUUGGGCAUGAUGGACACACUGUUUGCAACAAUGACAACUAAAAAACAAACUGUAUUGGAAGAGAAAAUGCUCUCAACUGCCCAAGACUUUGAACCAAAGAAUGUGACAACUUUAAACCAAACUGCAUGAUUUUGGAGUUCCAAAUGGACAUUGACCAUCUUUUUAUACCAUUUUUUUAAAAUAUAUUUUUGUUCAGAACAUCACCAUCUUUAGACAUUGGAUCUAUGAUUGUCUACCAUAAUGUAUAUUAAAUAGUCGUGUCCCAGAAACCUUUUCAAUUUGAAAAGCAUCUCUAAAUGUACUUUUAAAGUUUAAAAACUGCCUUGUCACUUGAUGUGUGCAGAUGCCAUUUUCCAUGUGGUUGAAUGUGUAUUAGAAAAUAAAUCCACAUUCUGUUUGGUUCUCAAAAAAAAAAAAAAAAAUCCAAACUCUUGAACAUCCCUU